CCAGAACAUGAUGGGUACAACCACGACAAAUGCUACGCCGUACACAAGAAACUCGGGCGUUCUCCAUAGCGGCGGGUGACGAGAUUCGGUGGUAGGCUUGUAUGAAGGGGGUAUGUCUACGCUCGACGGUGUCUGAGUGCGGUGUGCGACGCAAGUCUGAGGGCAUAUGGAGUGGGAGCAUAGAUAUAGCAAGUGAUACAGUCUACAUUAAGCAGAGUGCUGGUAGACCCGCCUGUCCCAAUUAGUAUUUGAAAGACGCCGGAACAGAGGCGCGGCUGCCGCGAGCAGUGACAGAGCUGUCAAAGUGCAGUGCAAGUGCAGUGACAGGUUUCUUCAGCGCCUCCAGUGCCGCCGACUGUCCUCGCCAAAGUCAGUCUUUUCCCAACAAUUUCCCCCACAAACAGAACUUUUUCACUGAUAUUCUAAUCAUGCUUCGUCGCGCAGUGGAAGAUCUAUCCUCAGGUUCUGACUCGGAUUAUACCAACUCGUGGAUUGCGUGGUUUCUCUCAUCCAAAGGGAACGAGUACUUUUGCGAAGUCGAGGAAGAAUACAUCCUCGAUCGUUUCAACCUAACGGGUCUCAACACCGAAGUUGCAAACUACACCCAGGCCCUUGACUCCAUUACUGACAACAUUGAUGAGGAUAUCCCCGACGAGCUGAGGGGUGCCCUCGAUGUUCAAGCUCGACAUCUUUACGGACUGAUACAUGCGCGUUGGAUUGUCACUGCUCGGGGGCUGGCGAAGAUGCUCGAGAAGUACAAGCGAGCCGAUUUUGGUCGAUGCCCUCGUGUCCUAUGUCAAUCUCAACCCCUCCUUCCCGUCGGUCUCUCCGACAUUCCCUACGAAAAGUCCGUAAAACUGUACUGCGGUCGCUGUGAAGAUAUUUACUCUCCGAAAUCCUCCCGACACGGCUCUAUCGAUGGUGCUUACUUCGGGACCUCUUUCCCUCACUUGCUAUUCCUUGUCUACCCCAAUCUCAUACCACCAAAGAGCGGUCCUGUCGACGUAGGUCUACCGGUACGAGGGGCGCCUACGGAGGGUGACAAUCAGAGAAGGACAAGGAGGGCAAGAGAAGAGCCCGAGCUUCCUGCUGAAACCAUUGGCGAAGAGUUCAGUACUGCGUCUGUCGCUCUGAAGGCGGAGAGGUAUCGUCCCAGGAUCUUUGGCUUCCAAGUACACGAGAUUGCCAAGUUACAGAGGUGGCAGGAGGCGGUUCGUGAUAGACAAGUUGCGAGGCUCGAGGAGAUUGGGGUCUGAUAUUAUUCUCUUCAUCUGUAUAUUGGGUUUUUAUCGCUGUUGUUGUAAUACACCAUACAUUGCUUCCACCAUCAAGGUGACAUAUGAUAUCCUUCCAAAUCAAAUCCAUGUGGCUGAGGUCAGUUUAAAGCUGAUCUGUAUUUGGUGACUGUUUGUUAUAAAAUGCAGUAUAAAAGAAGCUUUUUAUUAUGACUUCAAUAGACAGCAUAGACUAUUGUCAAAAUAUCUAGCCAAGUGAAUCUCUGCACACUAGCUGAAGAGCCAUAAAG